UACAGCCACAACAAAAUAGAUUUCCAUAUACAGAUUCUCUGAUUAAAAUGGUGCUCAUCAUAUUGUUAGUGUUUUCUUGAAGGAUCCAAAAGAUUUAUUUAGCCUAUGAAGCUAGCAGAAACAUUUAGUUUUAACUGUAUAUUCUUUACUGAACAUUAAAGUAAAACUUACGGUUCGAGAUGACAGUGACAUGCACUGUGACCGAUGACAGAUGAUAGUUGAAGCGGUGUAAUGUUUGUCGAAUUGUGUUGUCCUUAUCUUUAUGUUUACUAACUUAUUUAUUGAAUGAUCUUAUGAAGUACUGUAGUAAUUGUUAAUUAAUAUAAUUAAAGAAAUAUAUAAGACUAAGUAUAUACUUGGUGUAAAACAUACAAUUAUAUAGAUGAGCAAGUUUGUUGUACUUAAGGCUCAAUAAAGUACGAUAAUGUGGGAUAGUUCAACAUUUUUAAGUGCACUAACUCCUAAAUUCUAUGUUGCACUCACUGGCACUUCGUCUCUUAUUUCUGGACUUAUUCUAAUCUUCGAGUGGUGGUAUUUUCGGAAAUAUGGAACUUCAUUCAUUGAACAGAUGUCUCUAGCACACCUAGGCCCGUGGCUGGGCGGCGGAGGGGCGGGCGGGUACUACGACAUGAAUCUCACAGCGCAGGAGCACCAAGCAUGGUUCGGUCGGUGCGGGGGCGCGGAGCAGGCGGCGGAGGCGCACAUGGCGCGCGCGUGGCGCUCGAGGUCGCCGGGGGCGCGCGUGGCGGCGGCGCGGGCGGCGCUGGCGGAGCGCGCAGACUGCGCGGCCGCGCUGCUGCUGCUGGCGGAGGAGGACGCCCCGACCGUGCUCGAGGCGGAGCGCGUGCUGCGGCGCGCGUGGCGCGCGGGCGAGGCGGCGUGGCGCGCGCGCGGUGGGGCGGGGGCCGGGGUUGGGGCGGGGGCCGGGGGAGGCGCGCGCGCGCGGCGGUGCGCGGCGGUGCUGGCGCACGUGAAGCGGCGCGCGGCGAUGUGCGCGCGGCGGCUGGGGCGGCUGCGCGACGCGGCGCGCAUGUUCCGGGAGCUGGCGCGCGACGCGCCGCCCGCGCUGGCGCCGCUCGCCACGCACGAGAACCUCAUCGAGGUGCUGCUCGAGCAACGCGCCUACGCCGACGUCCAGGCGCUGGUGUCGCGCUACGAGGAGUGCGCGGCGUCGCGCUCGGCGGUGACGGUGUACACGGCGGCGCUGCUGCGCGCGCGCACCGCCGCCUGCGCCGCGCCGCCCGCGCGCACCGCCGCGGACCUCGCCGCGCUCGAGGCGAUGAGCCGCGCGGUGGAGUUCAACCCGCACGUGCCGGCGUACCUGCUGGAGCAGCGCGCGCUGGCUCUGCCGCCGGAGCACGUGGUGCGGCGCGGCGACAGCGAGGCGCUCGCCUACGCGUUCUGGCACCUGCGUCACUGGCGGCACGUGGAUGGCGCGCUGCGGCUGCUGGCGCACGCGGCGCAGGCCACCUCCUCCCGGCCCGCGCGCUGCCUCGCCUGCAACGCGUGCGGCGACCGCGAGCUGCUGGGCGGGCGCGGGGGCUGGGGC